UUUUUUGAAAUUGAUUUCUGCUGUAGUGACCGUUAUUUUUCCGUUUACUUUUAACUAUUUUAGCUUGUUUAUGUUUAAUUUUCUUUCUUUUUUCAGUUGUGUUCGUUUGCUUUUAAAAUUUUAAACAAAAAAACUUGACUGAUAUUUAAUUAUGGCUUCUUCUGGUUUUAGCGUUUAUGUUGGUAACAUUCCGUAUAACACCACGGAGACUGAUCUUGGAAAUAUGUUCUCGUCUUGUGGCGUUGUGACUAACGUUCGCAUUGUCAUCGACCGUAACACCAAUCGUCCAAAAGGCUUUGGCUUUUGCGAGUUUCAGGACCAACAGGGGGCGGAUGACGCUGUUGCCAAAAUGAAUGGAACUGAGAUGAAUGGCCGUCCGUUACGCGUUAGUUAUGCCAACAACAAGUGA